ACAAGAUGGCAUCAUGGAAAGGAAUCUAUAGCAACGUGAAUGUGCUUGAGCAACAGACAAAAGAUCCCAAGGUCCUUGAUCAGAGAAAGUGGGCAGAUUCCAAAGAGAACCCAGAGGUGGAGACUACACAUGAGCCUAUUGACCGAGCAAUCAGACUAAAUGGGAAAGAAGUAGAGCUACUGCCUGCAGAUUGUUCUCCAGAUUCUAAGAUGGUUGCUAGUCUGGAACAAGCACAUCAAGAGAACAAACAACUGCAAGAGGCAGCUUGCAACCCCUUUUCUAUGGAUUGGACCAUCUUUCAGGGAAGCUACUACUUCUUUUCCUACUCUCCAGGAACUUGGGAUGUAGCCAACCAAUCAUGCACCUCUAUGGGAUUCCACCUAGUGAUGAUCAACAGCAUAGAGGAAAAGUCCAGCUUGACGCAAGUAGCAGCUCACGAUUGCCCUUUGCAAGUCCACUGA